AUGUCGCGACCACCAGCGCAGAUGAAGCUGUCAGUGUUGUUGCUGCCGGCCCUGCUGGCUAUGUCCUCUAGUGCUAGUCUGCAAGACAUCGUGAAGAAGAGCUCACAGAUCGGAAAAGUUCCAAUUCUGAACCCAGAUCUAGGGAACAGGAUUCCUCAAAUCACAACCAACGGAUCUUUGUUGGCUCUUCCGCCCCCUGCUGAAUUUGAAAACAGGCUGGGUCAAUCUUCCUCCUUCGUGUUUGGUGACUCCAACCUGAAAUGGCAGACCUCGUCUGGCUCUCUCCCAUCUGGUGCCGUAUCAAUUUACAAUGGAUAUGCCAGUCGCACCGACUAUGUCUGCAAAUACGGGUGCUCAUCUGGCUUCUACAACCCCAACUGGAGUGGUCAUUACUGCUACUACCCCUUGUCAGGGAAAGAGUACCGUGCCAGCUCAUUUGAGUUCCUGGUAAACAAAGACAACUUUGAAUUUUUAGAAUGGAAGGAUGGCUCCUGGGGUUCAGUGCCUCGCAAUGCAGUCUCCACAUGCGGAGACACAUAUGUUGGGAGGAACAAAUAUGGCCUUGGGAAGGUGAGUGUUAAACACGAGGCCUUCUUCCUUCCCUGGAACGGUAAGGAGCAUUGGUACAAGAGCUACCAGGUCCUGACCAUCAAUAAAGAAAUAAACAGCGAGCGCAUUUCCAAUGUCAAAUACAACACUAAUGUUAAAGUCUUCCAGCAUCCUCCAGAGACCAUGACCAACUCCUUCAUAUCCAACAAUGAGUGCAGCCCAGUUGUGAAAAGACUUGAGCUCUCAAAAACCUACACAGAGGAGAAAAGGUGGGACACCAGCACUGCUAUCACGACUGGGGUCAGUAAUAGCAUCACCGCCCAAAUCCCAUUCAUCGGCUCUGCAGGUAUUACGCUCAGUGUUGAAACAACAAAGCAAUUCUCAAGAGGAACCACUGUGGUGGAGUCAAAAACCUACUCGGUCUCUGUGGAGCAAACUGUCCCACCAAACCACUCCUGCAGUGUCAGUAUGGUGGGAUAUAAGUAUGAGGCAGACAUCCCCUACACAGCUCGCCUCAGCCGCACCUACAGAAAUGGGCAGACGACAUGGUCGUACAUCACUGGGACCUACAAGGGUGUCAACGUUGGAGAAAUCCACUCUGUUGUGGAUCGCUGUGAAGCUCUACCCAAUUCCAAACCUUGUCCCUGA